AUGUCCGUCGAAAUCGAGCCCACCGAGCUUGCCUUCACCCGGCCUUUUACCACCGAGGUGUCGCAAUCGCUCAAGAUCAGAAACUCCAACCGUACGCCUGUUGCCUUCAAGGUUAAGACUACAGCCCCUAAGCAAUACUGUGUCCGUCCCAACUCCGGAAGAAUCGAGCCAGGAAAGGAGGUCGAGGUUACUGUUCUUCUCCAGGCGAUGAAACAGGAUCCUCCUUUGGAUAUCAAGUGCAGAGACAAGUUCCUGGUUCAAUCCGUUGCCGUUACUGCCGAUAAAGAGUUUACCAAUAUCCAGUCUAUCUGGCAGCAUGUUGACGAGGCCGAGAAGUCGAGUGUUCAGGAGAAGAAGAUCCGGGUUGUCUACCUCGCUCCAGGAAGUGGUCAAGCUGCUGUUACACCCAUGAAGAAUGGCGUAAAUGGUAUCUCGAACCACUCUGUUGAUACUCCCGAGUCCGCCCCUCCAGCUUACAGUAACCAACGCUCCCCAUCUCCAGAAGAGACCUAUACCCCCGAUACCCGCCGGUCUACCAUUGGAACAAAGCCAGAUACCGAUACCCCAAUAGGAAAGUCACCUGCCUCGAACCUGGCAUCUUCGAUCCCAGCAGCAGUCAGCAAUGCCGCCCCCAUGUCCUACGAGGAGAUGAAGGCCAAGCUCGCCGAAGCCCAAGCUACAAUCUCAUCAUACGCACAAGAAGGUGGUCUACGGAUGCGCAAGGUAGCCAAGGGAGAGACCAGCAACGAGACCGUCAACAACUUGGCUCACCAGGUCCAAUCCAGCCAAGGUGUUCCACUACAGAUCGUUGCCGCCCUCUGCUUAAUCAGCUUCUUGCUCGCCUAUGUCUUUUUCUGA